AUGGCAAGAUCCAAAAAAGGUGCACACCGUGGCAAGGGCAAAAAUGGAGGCAGAGGCGGAGGCAGUACCGGCGACCGCGAUGAUACGUACAGGUCCGACGUGGUGGAACGGGCAGACAUGCACAACGAACGCUUCGAAAAAUAUUACAGAGCCCAGAGUAUCCUUACCGAUGACGAGUGGCAGGAAUUCAUGGAGACCAUGCGGAACCCUCUGCCGACGACCUUUCGGGUCGCGGGAAGUCGCCAGGCAGCUCGCUUGCUGAAUGGCACCAUCAAGGACACCCACGUUCCGCACCUAGCUGGGGUUGUUUUCGAGGGAGAAUCUGUUUCACCGCCUUCACAGAUUUCUUGGUAUCCCGAAGGUUUAGCCUGGCAGUUCAAUGUCUCAAAAAAAGUCCUGCGGAAGUCGCCCGAAUUCAAGAAAUUCCACUCUUUUCUCGUAUUCGAAACCGAAGUCGGAAACAUAUCACGACAAGAGGCUGUGAGUAUGUUGCCUCCGCUAUUCCUCGAGGUCGAGCCACAUCACAGAGUCAUGGACAUGUGCGCCGCUCCCGGUUCCAAGACCGCACAAUUGCUCGAAGCCCUACAUGCACAGGACACCGUCACGGCGUCGUCGAUACCGACCGGGCUGCUGAUCGCGAAUGACAGCGACCACAAACGCACGCACCUGCUCAUUCACCAGUCCGCACGCCUGCCGUCCCCCGCGCUCAUGGUCACGAACCACGACGCGUCCAUAUACCCCGCCAUCAAGAUCCCGUCCGAGCAGACCGUCUUUCCCUCCGGCACGAAACCGCGCGUCGCCGCGAAGAAGCAGUACCAGCUGCUGUUCGAUCGCAUCCUGUGCGAUGUGCCGUGCAGCGGCGAUGGCACGAUGAGGAAGAACCCUGGUAUUUGGAAGCAUUGGCAGCCGCUCGAUGGCAAUGGUUUGCACAGCCUGCAACUGCGAAUCCUGCAGAGAGCCAUGCGAAUGCUGAAGAUGGGUGGUCGUAUUGUCUACUCGACGUGCUCUAUGAAUCCGGUGGAAAACGAGGCCGUUAUCGCCGCCGCACUCAAGUCGAUACCUGGUUUCGAGUUGGUGGACAUGCCAAACCAUCUGCCCGGGCUCAUUCAUCGACCAGGCAUAACCACGUGGAAGCCAACUGUGGAUCGCUCGAUCUUCACUGACUUCGCAACAUACGAAGACUACAUUCAAUCGUUGCCCGAAUCCAGACGCGCAGACAGCAAGAUGCACCCGUCGCAUUGGCCGCCACCACCCAGUGAAGCGGUCGAACUCAACCUCACACGGUGCAUGCGCAUCUAUCCGCAUCUGCAGGACACGGGCGGCUUCUUCAUUGCGGUGCUGCAGAAGAAGCCGGUCCCGACCACCGCCGGACAGACGCUCCGAAAGGAGCCAAGCGAAGGCAAGAGGCAAGCGUCCGAGGUUGACGCUCUUGAAACGUCUGAAGUCAAGAAGCCCAGGCUUUCAAGCGACAUGGACACAUCAGCUGACCCGCAAGCCGGUGGGGCACCUCCGGCAGACGAACCUGAAGAGGCGCUGCCGGACGACCUUGGGGACGAGGGCGCACCCGGCAUGGAUGUCGACGCGAACGCACCACCGACGCCCGCGGAGACGUCCUCAGACUUCCGCCAGCGCACGAAAGGGAAGGGCAAAGCGCCGGGCAACGCCGAUCCGAACUUCAAGGAGAACCCUUACACGUUCAUCUCGCCCGAAGACCCGAUCAUCCAGACAUGCAUCGCGAACCUGCGCCUGCAGCCCUCCUUCCCCGCCUCGAACCUGCUCGUGCGCAACCCCGCGGGCGAGCCCGUGCGCUCGCUCUACAUGACGAACGCGCUCGUGAAGAGCAUCGUCCAGCACAACGACUAUACGCGCCUGCGGCUCGUGACGUGCGGGACGAAGGUGAUCGGGAAGCAGGAGGCGUCUGCAGAGGUGCGGCGCGAGGGCGGCGGCGCGGACAUGCAGUUCCGCGUGCUCGGCGAGGGCCUGCCGGUCGUGCUGCCGUACAUCGACCCCGAGGCGGUCCUCGGUGCGGACAUCACCGCGCUGAAGGUACUGAUGGAGGGGUACUACCCCCUGUGCAGCGGCUUCGGCGAGCCGUUCAGAUCGACCAUCGAGGGCAAGGCGACCGGCAGCUACGUCGUCCGCUUCCAGCCCGGGCACAUAAACAACGCUUCGCUCAGCCACGACCUCGUGCUGCCCAUCUGGAAGUCCAACGUCUCCGUCACGCUCAUGAUCGACAAGCGCGCGAAAAGCGCGCUGAGUCUGCGCGUGUUCGGCGAGGAUAUUACCACCGCCGCGCGUGACGCGGCGCAGAAGAAGGCGCAGACGACUCCGACGCCCGGCGACGCCCCGGUGCUCCAGAAGGGUGACGCUCUGUUAGCAGUGCAGGCAGCGGCAGGUGAGGCGGGAAGCACUCCGGCGCCCGUGCAGGCCGCGGAGGAGGAGGUGGUCGGCUAA